CGCCCGCGCGCCAAACCUGCUCCAAAUCGAAGCAUUUUUUUCCCUUCUGAAUUUUUUUGUAGCGAGAAAUUUGUUUCUCCUCUCCCCGCGCCGGGAAAGCAUUUAAAUCUGCCCCUCAGCGCGGCUCCCCAACCCAAACCCUACGCGUCCUUCACUCCUCGUUCCCCGAUCCAAUCGAGGCGGCGGCGGCGGUGCGGUGCGGUGCGGUGCGCACCAGGUGCUCGACGGAAGGCCUCGCCGGCGGCGGGGGCGGGCGAAGAUGUACGUGGUGAAGCGGGACGGGCGGCAGGAGACGGUGCACUUCGACAAGAUCACGGCGCGGCUCAAGAAGCUCAGCUACGGCCUCAGCCAGGAGCACUGCGACCCGGUGCUCGUCGCGCAGAAGGUAUGCGCCGGGGUCUACAAGGGCGUCACCACCAGCCAGCUCGACGAGCUCGCCGCCGAGACCGCCGCCGCCAUGACGGCCUCCCACCCCGACUACGCCUCGCUCGCGGCGAGGAUUGCGGUUUCCAACCUGCACAAGAACACCAAGAAGUCCUUCUCGGAUACGAUUAAGGACAUGUAUGGACAUGUCAACGAGAGAUCUGGGCUGAAUGCUCCUUUGGUUGCUGACGAUGUAUAUGAAAUCAUCAUGAAGAAUGCUUCUCGCUUGGACAGUGAGAUAAUUUAUGAUAGGGACUUCGAUUAUGACUACUUUGGUUUCAAGACUCUGGAGAGGUCUUACCUCUUGAAGCUUGGUGGGAGGGUUGUUGAAAGGCCGCAGCACAUGUUAAUGAGAGUUUCAGUGGGAAUACACAAGGAUGACAUUGAGUCCGCUAUCAAAACCUAUCAUCUGAUGUCUCAGCGAUGGUUUACUCAUGCUUCACCAACUCUUUUCAACGCUGGCACUCCAAGGCCCCAAUUAAGCAGCUGUUUCCUUAUCUGCAUGAAAGAUGACAGCAUCGAGGGAAUUUAUGAUACUUUGAAGGAAUGUGCUGUCAUAAGCAAAUCUGCUGGAGGAAUUGGUGUAUCAGUUCACAAUAUUAGAGCUACCGGGAGCUAUAUCCGAGGAACAAAUGGAACCUCCAAUGGGAUUGUUCCUAUGCUACGUGUUUUCAAUGAUACUGCCCGUUAUGUUGAUCAAGGUGGAGGCAAGAGAAAGGGUGCAUUUGCUGUGUAUUUGGAGCCUUGGCAUGCAGAUGUUUUUGAGUUCCUUGAUCUUAGAAAGAAUCAUGGGAAGGAGGAGCAUCGUGCAAGGGAUCUUUUCUAUGCGCUGUGGGUUCCUGACCUAUUCAUGCAAAGAGUCCAAAAUAACGAAGAAUGGUCCUUGUUUUGUCCCAAUGAAGCUCCAGGGUUAGCUGAUUGCUGGGGCAACGAGUUUGAGAAUCUGUACAAGAAAUAUGAGAGAGAGGGUAAGGCAAAGAAAGUUGUUCCAGCACAGACACUCUGGUUUGACAUUUUGAAGGCACAAAUAGAAACUGGUACACCAUAUAUGCUUUACAAGGAUACAUGCAACAGGAAAAGUAAUCAGCAGAAUCUGGGAACAAUCAAAUCUUCAAACUUGUGCACUGAGAUAAUUGAGUUCACAAGUCCUUCUGAAACUGCUGUCUGCAAUCUAUCAUCUAUUGCUUUACCACGUUUCGUAAGGGAAAAGAGUGUCCCCAUAGAAUCCCAUCCAUCUAAGCUUGUUGGCAGCAAUGGUUCUAAAAAUAGAUAUUUUGACUUUGACAAGCUUGCUGAGGUUACUUCAACUGUUACAUACAAUCUCAAUAAAAUAAUUGAUAUCAAUUAUUACCCUGUUGAAACUGCAAAGAGGUCAAAUAUGCGGCACAGGCCAAUUGGCAUUGGUGUUCAAGGCUUGGCAGAUACUUUCAUAUUACUUGGCAUGCCAUUUGACUCACCGGAGGCUCAGCAAUUGAAUAAGGAUAUUUUUGAAACUAUUUACUAUCAUGCUCUGCAAGCUUCUGCUGAGCUUGCUGCUAAAGAAGGUCCCUAUGAAACAUAUCAAGGAAGCCCUGUCAGCAAGGGUAUUCUCCAACCUGACAUGUGGAACGUAGUGCCAUCUGAUAGAUGGAACUGGACAGCUCUACGGAGUACUAUCUCUAAAGUUGGAGUAAGAAAUUCUCUUCUUGUUGCUCCAAUGCCCACUGCUUCCACUAGUCAAAUUCUUGGGAACAACGAAUGCUUUGAGCCUUAUACAUCUAACAUAUACAGCCGACGUGUUCUCAGUGGGGAGUUUGUUGUGGUCAACAAGCAUCUUCUCCAUGAUUUGACUGAAAUGGGUGUUUGGACUCCUGCCUUGAAAAAUAAGAUAAUUUAUGAAGAUGGUUCUGUUCAAAAGAUGACAGAAAUCCCAGAUGAUCUUAAAGCGAUAUACAAGACGGUCUGGGAGAUAAAGCAGAAAAACCUGGUUGACAUGGCAGUUGAUCGUGGAUGCUACAUUGAUCAGAGCCAGAGUCUUAAUGUCCACAUGGAACAACCAAACUUCGGGAAGUUAACUUCUCUGCAUUUCCAUGCUUGGUCGAAGGGCCUGAAAACUGGGAUGUAUUAUCUAAGAACGCGGGCAGCUGCUGAUGCGAUCAAGUUUACAGUUGAUACGUCCUUGUUGAAGGCCAAUGGAGAAAACGGCACCAAGCCUGCAGAGGAAGAGGAUGUGGAAGCUAAAAUGGCUCAGGUCGUUUGUUCCUUGAACAACCGGGAGGAGUGCUUGGCAUGUGGAAGCUAGAUGCCUCCACUACACAGUUGAUCUAUUUUUAAUCAAGACAACAUUAUACAACCAGCUGAUCAUUGGGUCUCAAUAACUGAAAAGGAGUUCUUGGUGUAGUGUAGCAUGUUUGAGUUGAGAUACUGGGCAUUCCUUGUCUGCUGAAUUUCAUCUUCGGCUUGUAUUGUACCAGCGAAAUUCUUGGGUUACUGCAAAUGUAUAUAUGUCUUAGUGUUAACGUUAUUGACGUGUGGUGUGGUGUUGCCGUUUUGGCAAUAGUACUUUGGGCUUUGGCAAUAAGUCUCAUAUGGCUUUGGAUUUGCUUUUGCAUCAUCAAA